AAUCCUACCAUAGGGACUUCGUGCUCCAGGCUAGGUUUUCCUCGCGCGGCUUGAGCAAAGCUCCCGUCCUGCAUCCCACUCUGGCCUCCGAGCUCUGCCCUGCGACGCUCCCAAACGCUGCUCUCACCUCCCAGGCGAUGACGCGGAUUGGGCUGUCUUCCGCAAAUCCCUCCCAGCCAACCACCUGCUAACGCACUGGUGAAUUGGACCCCUUCUGUCCUUGCGACUGCCGAGGCCGCCCUCUGCACCAGCUGCCCCCCGCGACCUGGCUAUCGCCGUUUGACGGCGACCCUCGUACGUAGUAGCUCCAGUGCUCUUGUCAUACCUAGUAGCCGCAUGGUCUGAGCAAAUCCUGUCUACCACAUGUGAGCAUGGCCGAUCCGGACGCGCCUGCCCAGAAAAGGCCUCGUUUGGACUCGGGCAACCCAGUGUAUAACGGCCACGGCCGACCACCCCCUCCGCCGCCUCACACCCAACAACCUUCUCGUCAUCCGUCACACCCCAUCCCGGUCCAGGCCUCUUCUCCCCCUCCAUCCCGUUACUACCCACCACACAGCCUGCCGCCUCCAUCUCAGCCAUACGCUCCUCAGCCCCAACCAUAUCCAGGACCACUACCUUCACCGUCGCUGCCGCCCACUGACAUCCGUCUCUUCUCCGACCCAAGGAACAUUCCCUCGCCUGGCCAUCGCCCUCAUGGCGUCGCCGGCCAGCUUCCGGUAACAGUUUCACAAGACAGCAUCUCCACCUACCGUGCGCCACCGACUCCACAGUCUACCGCACCACCGGAACCCCAGAGCUCCAGGUCUACCAGUAUCAGCGUCGACGUCAGGUCCCAGCUUCCACCUCACGGUAUGGAGAAUGGCGGGCAUCAAAGCCCUUGGCAGAUGACCCCAGAUCAUCGACCCAACGGCAUGUCCAAUGGCUACGGCCAUACCAUCAGUCCGCCAAAUUCUAACGAGUCUGCCUUUCACCCACCACCUGGCCCGCCGUACAGUCAGCCUGUUGGCGCUUACACGCCUGGUUCUUACAUGAGCCAGUACUCAAGCGCAGCACAACAAGUGAGGCGCAAACAGGUUCGCGCCACACAGGCAUGUAAUCAUUGCCGUGCACGCAAACAAAAAUGCGACGAAGCCAGGCCUUGCCAGUUCUGCAGAGAGAACAACUUCGACUGUCAAUACAAAGAUGUCCCGCCACCAAAACAAGAUAGAAGCAUGAUGCAGCUCCAGGAUAGCGUCAACUCUAUCACUGACGUUCUGAAAGAUUUUGUGGGUGAAUUUAGCACGUGGAGACAAAGUGUCGAGAGUAGACUCCCGCCAGCGCGAGGUCUCGAACUGACAUCAAAUCAUGCCUCGCCGGAAGCAACUUUCUCUGCUCCUUUGAAAGAUCACAGCGCAUCGACUUGGCCCACACCGAUCCAAGGACGAGGCCAGAAUCUUCGAGUUAGCAGCAUGAAAAUGGAAUCUCCUGUUGUCCCGUACUCAACUAUGUCGCCUGGUGCCGGCCAAGUUUCGACCCCAGGUAGGCAUGAAACUAUGCUCGCUCCCCCACAACAGCCAGCAACUCCGGCCGAUAGCGUAAGGAGCGAUCGUAGUCGCGUCGCAGAAGGAGUUUCGAAAGAGAAAAGUGGUCUACAAAGUGAUCACACAACGCCUGCACAUAAGCUACUCGAGGAAUGGCCAUCUAUGAACGCCUUCUACAGAAAUGUGGACUAUCUCAAUCGCCUGGUCGAAAAUGGCCAUGAGGUAUCGGAUUAUCCUAUGCAACUCGAACAGAAUCGUGGUCUCAUCCGUGUCUGGGGUGUUGGGGAGGGUCAAGACUUGAACGAUGGUGCGCAAGGCCCCGGUAGCCCAGAAAGCAACGAGUCCGAUGCGCCUUCGCCAGCACCUGGUAGAGAAGGCUUAUGGGGCCACCCGCCUAUCGACCACUCUAGCCCAGCUACCGCUAAUGGCGAUACACCUCGCGAUCAUCCAGGAUACGAUGGUGGGCUCGGACCAGAUGGAAGACCCAAUUUCCACUCACGCACACUGUGGGAAUUGCAUGACUCAUAUAUCACGAACAUGCAUAACUUGCAUCCAUUUCUGAAUCCUAGCAAACUACGAAGGAUGAUCCGAGAAUUCAGCGAGCAGUACAGUCCUGAUGUAAAAGCGGCGAACACCUCUUCACCUGCUACUCAUCAACUGAAUCCAGGCAUCAAGAGGAAGCGGUCGGUUAGUGCGUUCAAUGAGCCUUAUCUGGCUAAAGGCGCAAUCGAGCGCUCCCUUCGCAACGCCAUCGUUUUGUUAGUUCUUGCGCUUGGAAAGGUUUGCGCGUACAAUGAGAAGCUACCUGCACCUCAAAGCGACAAGACACCUUCUGCCAAUGGUUCGUGGGGAUACACCCGGGAUCCCCAGUAUUCCAAUGCCAGUUUCACAAGUGACAUUUCCGAUGAUAGCCGGCCACGCAACAUCGACACCUUGCCUGGUAUGGCGUACUUUGCUUACGCCACUGACAUUCUCGGCAACCAACAAGGAGGCAACACGGUAGCGCAUGCGCAAGCCAUGAUUCUUGCCGCUCUGUAUUUGAGCCAGUAUGCUAGGGUUUUGGAGAGUUGGAGCUGGAUCAACAAUGCCUGUCGCAUCACUCUGGUUCUCAUCAAAGCCGACUAUCACAAGCUUCACCGCGAUUUCCAUUUUGGCCCAGACAGUGACCAAAACAAACGGUCGUUGUCUCCCAAAGAGCGGUAUAGACUGAACUUGGUCAUGUGUGUUUACUGGACCUGCCUGCAACUAGAAUCGGAUAUCCUGGCUGAGAUGAGUACUCUUCCAACUAGUGGCAUCUCUAGACAUCAGAGUGAUAUCAUGUAUCCGGAAGGCGUUUACGAGAAUGUCCCUGUUGAGAAUGGUGACUCUAGGGAUGGCAGACAAGAGGAGGACCGUCGGGAAAGCGGGCGCACUGACGAUCCAAUGCUCAUGUACUCAAGUCAGAUCUGGCUUCGUGUUAUCCUGAACGAGGCCCAUAACGCUUUGUACGGGGCUGGCGGCCGCAAGGGCUUCGACACCACCAACAUCAAUGAGGUCACCGAACACGCAAAGAGCCAUGUUAACGUUCUGGAGAGUUGGCGACGAGUGCUACCACCUACUUUGGCCUGGUCAGACGACGAUCCUCCGGCCACAGAUCUCAACAUCGCGCGUCUUCGAGCCAAGUACUAUGGAGGACUCUACAUGAUUCUGCGACCCUACCUACGAAUUGCAAACCACACUAUCGAACUUCCUCCUGCCAGCAUGUCCUGGUCUUCUCAGCAAAACUCGCCGGCACCAGAUUCCGUUGCUACCCCUACCAGCAGGGGCAUGCAUUUGGUGGAGUUAACAGAGAGUCAACGAAAAAUCAUAGCAGUCGCCGCUCAGUGUAUCGACUGUGCUUUCCGGAGUACUAUCGCCUUCGACCGCAUCGGCGCCGCCCCCGAAAGCCCGUACCAUGGCUUCAAGAGUACGCGCCAACGCAGACUUGUGGUGACAAAUAUUUUCGGCACUCUUCACGCACAAUUCGGAAAUAUGCUUGUUCUCGCUGCCGUCUACAAGUCAAAUCUUCACAAGUACCUGCCGAACCAAGCACAGCUCACAAAGGCCAACCUCACCGCCCUCCUCGCACGGACGAUCGAUAUCCUCUCCGAAGUUGAGCCGAACUCACCGAUCCUAAAGAUGGACUUGGAGAUUCUAUCCAACGUCCGACGUCAACACAACCUCUACUAAGAGGUUGGUUUAGCUUGGAAGUCUCACCGCAUCCUCUGAUCUUUGCAUCGCCCAUCCGUCACGGCUAUUCGCGCAUCGCAACCUGUUUUUCAUAUAUCC